CCGCUAUCACCACCACCACCAGCAGCAGCCGCCGCCGCCGCAGAUAACUAACAGCAGUCUCAAUGCCCACUUCGCAUUAGGGCUAAUAUUUAAAAAAAAAAAAAAAAAAAAAUCCGUGCCAGACAUGGGGCAGAACAUUAAUCCUCUUUGGAAGAUGUCAGUCCAGCAAACUAAUGGGCUUGUGAUGCCGAUCCCCAGUAGAAGAUCCUGGGACUGAGAGGUGGAUCCCUUUACACUGAUGGCCUGGACUGAGUUUCAGCUGGCCUGCUGAAGCUAUGGGGAGCUGUUGGAGCUGUCUAUACAGAGACCCCAUCCGAGACAACCAUCUCACCAAAUUUAAGGUCACCAAUGUAGACGAUGAGGGAAACGAGCUGGGCUCUGGGAUCAUGGAGCUCACCCAGACCGAGCUCAUUCUUCACACGCGUAAGAGAGACGCCAUCCGGUGGCCGUAUCUCUGCCUGCGACGCUACGGCUAUGACUCCAACCUGUUUUCCUUUGAGAGUGGUCGUCGCUGUCAGACUGGGCAGGGAAUCUUUGCAUUCAAGUGCUCCCGGGCAGAAGAGAUCUUUAAUCUGCUCCAGGAGCUGAUGCAGUGUAACAGCAUCAACGUGGUGGAAGAGUCAAUGAUGAUGAGUCGCAGUGGCCACACACCAGAGAUGGACAUGUCUCGCACACCACAGACACCCAACACUCCAGCAUUUCCUGUCCAGGCUUUUCCCAAUGGAUACCCUGGUUAUCCAAUCAGAGGUGAUUCCUCUCAACCGUCUAUUGCUGAUGAUCAUGGACAUAGCCUCAUGGGUUUGGAAGACCAGACCCACACCUAUGUAAAUACUGUGAGCAUGGAGGGGGAUCUUUCCAUGCGUCAUUGUGUGCACUCUCUACCUGAGGUACGACCUAGCACUUUUCCUGAAACAACACGGGGAGCCAUGCCUGUCGGGGGUCAAGGAAAUCCGCAGUCUAAUCUGCGGUGCUGUCCCCUCGAGGAGCAUAAAGAUCCUCAGGUGUUCUUACAGACGUCGUCGCAGGAGGUCAAAUUUAUGCUGGGUCCCACUCCAGCACAACGACAUCUGCUGGAGAGAGAGAGAGAGAGAGAGAGGGAGAGGCAUGGGCACAAUCCUCAUAACCUUCAGCCAGUAGAGGGUGCAGCAAGCUCAGAAACAGAAGGAGAUGAGCCCCCUAUGCACCUGUGCAACUCUCACUCCUAUCACCAUUUUCAUCAUCACAUGCACCGGCACCCGGGCCACGAGCACCAGGAUGGCUGCCAGAGUGGGGAGCUCACCUAUGAAAAUAUCAAUGGCCUGCGAAGCGGCCGUAAGCAGCGUCUGAGUCCCAGCAGCGUGUCGCAGUCUGUCGGUUCAAGCAGCAGCAGCAGCACUGGAGAUAGUCAUUCUCACUCCCUCUUGCAUGGUCAUGGGCAACCAUCUCUACCCCCGCAGGGCUACCCCUGUGAGAGAGGCAUGGGUGGAGGUCAUCGUCGGACAGCUCUGCUUAACUACGAGAACUUACCCUCUCUGCCACCGGUGUGGGAGUACAGCGCUCUGCAGCGGGAUGAUGAGCAGGAAGAAGAAGAUGAUGACCAGGAUGAGGAGGAAUAUGAAGAAGAAGAGGAAGACUUUGAUGAGUAUGAGUUCUCAGAAGGCCCCGGGACACCCAAUGGGUACCAUCAGGACGGUCGGGGCAUCCACAGAGACGCCCUGCAGAACUAUGUCAACACAGAGCAGGUCCAGCCUCCCCGGCUUCGACACGCCUGCCCCCCGCAUCCACGGCCGUGUCACCCAGACAGAGGGGGGCGAAUAUUUAGCUUUGAUUUCCGCAGACGAUCGAGGUCAGGGGUUGGAGGGUGUGAACACAGCCACAUGCCUCCAUCACGGCAGCUGAAUUACAUCCAGGUGGACCUGGAGGGAGAACCUCCCUGCCAAGCCCUCAGCAGCGGGGGUGCCCAGACCCAGCCACAGCACCAGCGCCUACCACUCAAACAAUGUGGUCCACAGGCACCCCGGCGCAGCGAAUGCUACGCAGUCAUUGACCUAAAGAAGACCGCUGCCAUGUCCAACCUGCAGAAAGCGCUGCCCAGGGAUGAUGGGACUUCCAGAAAGACUCGCCACAACAGCACAGACCUGCCUCUGUAAAUGGUGUUCAAAGUGAAAGAGGAGCGAUGAAGACAGAUGAAGGCUUAUCCUCAUCUUAGCACACUGGACCCUUCACUGUCAUCCAUCCAUUCAACUGUCGGGCUGAUCAGUACAGUACAGGUACCUAAUUAGAAACUUACUGAAACCUAUCUGUGCAUAUAAAAGGAAAAGAGAAAUCUCUGAGGAGAAUUUGCCAUUUUAUUCUGUUACUUGUCAGAUAUUUGGUGUAAAGCUCUCUGGAAAAAUGUCCUCAGUUUUUUUUUUUUUUUGCUGCAGAUACUGUUUGCUGGAUAUAUGACUAUUAUUAUAUAUAAGCAUAAAGUCUCAUAUAGGUGUAAGGUGUGUAUAUAUGUGACUUUUUGCUUAGCUUUGGCUGAAAAGUUUAGCAGAGAGUUUUAAGCAGAAGCGGUCAUUGCCAUAAUGUAUUGCAAAUAUUUAACACCAUCUACACUCAUGAAUAUUGUUGCUCCUAUUAUUUAGUUUGGUUACAAACACUAAGAGCGUCAGAGUUGUGACCCUCAUUGCAGAAAUUUAGUUGAUGGCAUGGAGGAAGGUAAUGCUUCCUCCCAGAUACUGGUCAAUCUUCAUACCUCAUCAAAAGCACUUAAAUAUAAUGUUGUGGCUAGUAGAAGAGACCAUUGUUUGUUACUGUAUGCCUAUAGAGCAUUUUGCACACAAUCCUAUGGAAUUGUAUUUCAUCUUUCUUUUUCUUUCUUUCUUUUUUUUAAGGAACUGUUUAGUUCAAUCCAAGCUUAAAAAAAAAAAAAAGAUGGCUUAAAUAAAUACAACAGAAUAUGAUAUUUGAAGAAAUGUACUAAACUAAAUGAUGGUAAAAGUAGCACACAUGCAUUAAAUGAGCUUUGGCUCCCUCCUAUUAACAUGCAGCAAUUGAAAAAGUAGCAUAUCAACUUUGAUCACACCUCCUGCGUAUCAUCUCAAACCUGCUGGAGGUUCACGCUUGUCACGUUGCACUUUUGACCCUGGGCUGCUGAAACGCUCUUUGUCACUACUCCCGCGCCACUGGAGCCACAGGUUGUGUCCUUUUACCAAAAACAGGGGGGCCAAAUAUUUCACGGAGAUAAUAAUGUAGAUAGGGUUUAUUUAAAUGUUCUUGAUGGAGACACUGAUAACCUCAAAUAGUGGCAUUAAGCUAUAACCUCACAGGUAAUGUUGUCAGUUAUCAGGUAUGGAUGGUGUUUUUAAAAAGGGUGGUCACAAAAUCAUCCGGUGAGGCUAAUUCUAAACCGUGAUCAGAUAUUUAUUUAUUUAUUUCACUUUUAUUUAUUCAUUCUUUCUUUUUGUUAAAAAAAAAGAAAGAAAAGUUGUAGUAAUUUUGUUUUCCAUGUGAUGACCAGCGUUUUGUAAUCCAGUUGGUAAUAUGGAGACCAAAGUUUCACCUUAAAUUACCACUGGACACUGAUGUAUUACUGUUAUAACUGUGCUUAAUUAUAUUUUAAACAAAAGAGACUGUAUUUAUAUUUUAAGUGCCAAAACUUAAUUGCAAACUGUACGAUGAAUAAAAAUGUGCCAUUUGGAUUUGUAGAAAACUAUAGGACAGAAAGGCAUAAGAGGAUAACAGUCAGAGGACAAAACAGAAUCCUGCUUUUUAAGGAUAAUUCCGACUAAAAUAAAUAAAAACUGCACAUUCCACCUCAUCCACAUCGACAGCCAUUUCAAAGGGGGAUAUGAGAAUGGUAACCUUGUGGUCUGAUAAUCACUGUUAGGGUGGUUUUUAUGCUGCUACAUGUACAUACUAACAGUAGCCCAUGUAAGCUACAUGAAAAAAAAAAUGAUGUGAUGUCAGAUCCUUUAUCAUAUUGUUAAUAGAAGUAGCAUUGUUGUGUUCUCCUGAGAUUUUUUUUUUUUCUUUUUUUCCCCAGACCAGUGGAAGUGUCACGUGCCAUUUAACCAAAUAUUUAAUUUGAGCAGCGUUUCAUUUAAUGGAGAUUAUUUUCUGACAAACUAGCUGUCUGGUAUGGGGAGAGUUAAUGGAAGCACAUGAGUCUGUCAUCUUUUUCUUUUUUUUUUUUGUUUCUUUUAAGUGAGCAUUCACAUCAGGGUGACGUUUUCAGCCUAUUGAGGAAGGCCAGAUGUUCUACGUUUACACAUGUACCGGCUUUCGAAUGCAGAUGUAUUGUGGCAUUUAGCUGAAGUUGGUCUUUUUUUUUUUUUUUUUUUUUUCAUGGAGCAUUUAGGAGAUUAAUUGAGACAAAAAUACAUUUUAUUUAUU